AUCAUAAUAAUAAUUAUUAUCCAAAAACUGUCCGCCCAAACUUUAGCUUGACCUGAAACACUCUCCUGCCUCAACAAUAUGACCUCGAUACGCUGGAGCUCGAUCACUUUCACAUCCUUGUGCUUCCUCCUCCUCCUCCAACUCCAACCCACACUACCUUCACCUUCACCAACAACAGCCAACACCACCCUCAUCACCACACCAACCCAAUCAAAUCCAUCGCCAAACAUAUUACCAUCAUCAUCAUCAACUUCAAGCCAUCAAUUACCAAUCGGCUGGUUUACUUCAGAUAGACUGCUGAACAAACUAGUCAAGCGCCAGCUAUAUUCUCAAUCUGAAACUCUUCGACGUCCAUCUGCUCUUCAAAAACGACAAACCGCUCAUUCUCGGAGUACUGUCGACUCCGAAUUUCGAAAUAAUAGUCUAUCCUCCGGCGCUGGAAGUAUUGAACAUUCUCACGAGGAACUCUUCAGGAUCGUCCCAGAGGUUCACAACAUCUAUCUAGCACUCACACUCAUCCCCGCCUUCAUCGUACUCUUUGGCUCCUUUUCGGCGUUUGUCAAGGAGAAACUGUAUAUUGGUGAAUCUACCAUCUCAGUCGUCUUUGGUAUCAUCCUUGGGCCCUAUGUCUCCGGCGUUUUCGACCCCCGCUCCUGGGCCGCCGGGGAGAAUUUCGACGACCUGACACUCGAACUGACGAGGAUUGUCGUUGCACUCAGCGUGUUUGCCGUCGGAGUCGAGUUACCCAAGGCUUAUAUCCUUCGUCACUGGCGAAGUCUAGCCAUCUUGCUCGGCCCAGCCAUGUUAUUCGGUUGGAUCGUCAGUGGCGCGUUGAUCUAUGCACUCGUGCCUGCCCUCACUUUCCUUCAAGCCCUCGUCAUUGCUGCUGCCGUCACACCCACCGACCCUGUCCUUGCCGCCUCAGUCGUCGGCAAGGGUAAAUAUGCCCAAAAACACGUGCCAGCCCAUCUGAGGCAUCUCCUACAAGCCGAAUCUGGCUGUAACGAUGGAGCUGCUUUUCCAUUCUUAUACUUGGCCAUGUUUCUCCUCAUGAGACAGGAAACCGGAGUUGGAUCAGUGAUUGGGCAAUGGCUCCUACUCGUUGUGCUAUAUCAAAUCCUCUUAGGUAUCCUCAUCGGUGUUGCCGUCGGAAUCCUUGCCCGCAAAACCCUGAAAUUUUGUAAACGGCGAUCGAUGAUUGACAAAGAAUCGAUGGUCGCCAUGUAUGUGGCCCUUGCGCUCCUCACAACCGGUGUGACCGCGUUGGCCGGAUCUGAUGAUUUACUGGCUGCAUUUGCAUGUGGAGCAGCCUUCGCAUGGGAUGAUUGGUUCACGGAAUCGAUCGAAACCUCUAAUUUCUCCUCAAUUCUCGAUCUGUUGAUCAACUGCACUACGUUUAUCUACAUUGGUGCCACGAUCCCAUUUUCGUCCUGGAACGAUGCUACCUUAACUCUGGUGCCAUGGAGACUUGUUGUACUAGGAUUCUCAAUCAUUCUUCUCAGAAGGCUGCCAAUCCUCGUCAUAAUGCAGAAAAUCGUCCCAGACUUGAAAACUCAUCGCGAAGCCGUCUUCUCAGGUCAUUUCGGACCUAUUGGUGUUGGGGCCCUUUUUAUCAGCACCUUGGCGACGGCCAAGCUUCCUACACCUCAGAACCCACCCCAAACCAGUCUUGAUAUCCUGGCGUUGACCACUCAAUCACUGAUCUACUUACUCAUUUUCUUCUCGGUGCUCAUCCAUGGCCUUUCGAUCCCAUUCUUCACCCUUGGCAAAAACGUACACUCGCGCGUUCAUACUAUGACUCGAACUUGGACCCAAGCCUCCGGCAAUGAACCCAGUUGGCUUAGUCGUGUCAAACGCGUCGAGAGACCAGUCGAUGGCAAUCUUGAUGUGCCCAGAUUCGACGAGAAAGACCCUCAAGACUCGGUCGCAGUCCCGCCCCCAGAACCCACAACCUCUCUGGAGCCUGGUCAGCGACAAAUCUCGGAUGACCAAAUCACACGAGUUGGUGAUCAAAAUCCUCUCGGGGAAAUCCGCGAACGGCCACCUUCCCCAAAUGAAGAGCUUCAAGAGACCCGACCACCCUUGACUGGUAGUAUGACUGAUCCUGGCUCGCAACAUCAACAACCAGUCACGACCCGCGUCGGUAUGCUCCGUCUGGGAUCGAGAACAAAGAGGACACCCGAAGAGCAAGCGGCUCGUCAACGUGAAAAAAUGAUCCGUGAUGCGUGGUGCCGCCCUGAAAGAAUUGAUGUUUUAAAAAAAGGCGAGGAAAGAGUUUAUAAAUCAGGACGCAGACUGGUAGUUGAGCGUGGGGACGGCGACGAGGUUGAAGUCCAUGAGCUACCGCGGGAGUCGUCCAAAAAGUCUCUGCGUGAGCUUGCUAACUUGCAGGCUUUUUCCAACCCAACCUCUGAUGGUUCGGGCCCCUCGAACCGGCAGCCUCAUACAGGUUUGGCACGCAAGUUCGAUCUUGCCAAGUUGAUCGCCCCACGGAUUGCCAAUAAGCCCAAAACUACCCUAGCCCCAGAUGCUAGUACUGGCAUGCCCUUGCCAGGUCAAGGACCAAGAAGUGGAACCUUGCUCGAGGAGCAGCUCAAGGACGAGGUUGUUGAUUCUUACAAUGCCACACGUCCUCCAGCCAGCUGCUCGGAGCAGUCCGGUCAGUCUCAGGAGGUUUGGGACGAAGGGAACAAGAUUGUGAUUGAAAACAAAGACGGCAGUAAUGUACAUGUGGUCUCACCUCCUAUGAAUGAGCUAAGGUCACCUUGCUCCCUUCCGACAAUGGCGAUAGCAUCAGAUCUAUCAUCCUUUCCUCCACGCAAACUUUCCUCCAACCAUUCCUUACCAAUCCCUCCGGUCGAUUGCAAUGAUCCUGAUAACGAUCAUCAAAAUGAGGGUCAAGCAGGUCUUGAAAAAGCGCCAGCCGAUAGCAUUAAGGAAGACUGUGACGAUGAAUGGGAAGAAGACGAUGGGACGCCAGAGACAAAUGAAACAGGUUCAUCAUCCAACUUCUAUGAUGGACCAGUCGAUCGUAAUCGAUCGACUACGAGUCACAGGCUUUACCCUUCCCGUCACUCGAGACGUUCGAGACGGAAAGGCAGUGCUCGGGGGCCAGGAUCACCCAGUGUGGCUGCAAGACAAUCGAUCGAUUCUGUACGCCGGACGGCUGGAGGCUCACGGAUGGUCGAGUUUGUUGAAGUCGAAAAACAAGGGCUUGGAAGGGAUCGGAGUCGGAUGAGGAGGUCUUCGCGAUCGCCGUCGCCUUCCCGGUCGAUCAGAUUUGCCGAAUAUCCGGACCGGCCGACCAAGAAAUCCACCCAUUUCCACCACAGGAGCAGUUCGACCAAAGCCUAUCACAAGAACAGCCCGGCCAAAAACAAGGCCAGCAGGUUGAAGAACUUCGUCGCGCCUGCCGUCGACAGCUGGCGCAGAUCUAGCAUGGCCAGCGGCAAUCUAACACCCUCGAAUCUGGACUCGGCUUCUCAACGUGCCAGUUAUGUCGCUGCUGGUGCGGCUCCUAAUGAGGAGCCUCCCCCACCUUCUACAUCGUCCGGUCGUCCUUCCGUCUUACUCACCGAUCUCAACAAUUCUCAAGAAGAAGACGUACCGAACUAAUCGCCCAUCUACUCAUCAUCCUCUGCUUCCCGCCCCAAACAGAUCACUUGAACAGCCUUCAUCUUUGGAUGAUCAUCUUUGGAUGAUGAAUAAAAACUGGCUCAUAGGAUCGUUGGAUCGGCCCUUGGCUUCAGAGCCUCCAGCUCAUUUCAUUCUGGCUUUCUCUCUGGCUUUCACUGAUUGAUUCAACCUCCUGUCGCCAAUCUCUUCACUUGACAAAGAGAGAACAAAAAAGAAA